AGCUGAGAUAUUUGAAUGUUUUAUUCUGUUCCUCCCCAGACUCUGUUCCAGCCUCAGACAGGUGCCUAUCAGACCCUGGCCAAAGAGUGUGUGGCCCAAGGCUGCUGUGUAGAUCUCUUCCUCUUCCCUAACCAGUAUGUGGAUGUGGCCACGCUCUCUGUUGUACCCCAGCUCACUGGUGGCUCUGUCUACAAAUAUGCUUGCUUUCAGGUGGAGAAUGACCAGGAACGGUUCCUGAGUGACCUGCGUCGGGAUGUCCAGAAGGUUGUUGGCUUUGAUGCUGUGAUGCGUGUUCGGACAAGCACUGGUAUCCGUGCUGUAGAUUUCUUUGGGGCUUUCUACAUGAGCAACACAACAGAUGUGGAGCUGGCUGGGCUGGAUGGGGACAAGACAGUGACUGUGGAGUUCAAGCAUGACGAUCGGCUCAAUGAAGAGAGUGGAGCCCUCCUGCAGUGUGCCCUGCUCUACACCAGCUGUGCAGGGCAGCGACGGCUCCGUAUCCACAAUCUGGCCCUGAACUGCUGCACCCAGCUGGCUGAUCUGUAUCGAAACUGUGAGACUGACACGCUCAUCAACUACAUGGCCAAGUUUGCAUACCGGGGGGUGCUUAAUAGCCCCGUGAAGACUGUCCGUGAUACUCUCAUCACUCAGUGUGCCCAGAUCCUGGCCUGUUACAGAAAGAACUGUGCCAGCCCCUCCUCUGCAGGACAGUUGAUCCUUCCUGAGUGCAUGAAGCUACUCCCAGUUUACCUGAACUGUGUGUUGAAGAGUGACGUCCUGCAGCCUGGAGCUGAGGUUACUACUGAUGACCGUGCCUAUGUCCGACAGCUGGUUACUUCCAUGGAUGUGGCUGAGACCAAUGUCUUCUUUUAUCCUCGGCUUCUACCAUUGACAAAGUCUCCCAUUGAGAGUGCCACUGAACCACCAGCAGUUCGAGCAUCUGAAGAACGUCUAAGCAAUGGGGAUAUAUAUUUGCUGGAGAAUGGGCUCAACCUUUUCCUGUGGGUGGGAGCAAGUGUCCAACAGGGUGUUGUCCAGAGCCUCUUCAGUGUCUCCUCCUUCAGUCAGAUCACCAGUGGCUUGAGUGUUCUGCCAGUUCUGGAUAAUCCGCUGUCCAAGAAGGUGCGAGGCCUCAUUGAUAGCUUGAGGGCACAGAGAUCACGGUACAUGAAGCUUAUCGUGGUGAAACAGGAGGACAAGCUGGAGAUGCUGUUCAAACACUUCCUGGUGGAAGACAAGAGCUUGAGCGGGGGAGCAUCCUAUGUGGACUUUCUGUGUCAUAUGCACAAGGAAAUCCGGCAGCUACUGAGCUAGAGCAAGUGGGUAAAUGGCAUAGGGUGCCAGGCCAGCUUCCAGAAAGUACCCCAGGAUGGCAGAGAAAUUGGAACAGUUCCAUAUCUAAGUCAUGUUAGCUGACCUCAGUCUCUUUGGGGGGAGGGGGAGGUAUAAGGAGACACCUUUCUGGGAUCAAGUAUCCUACCACUCUGUCAUGUCCUGCUGCUGAAAGGUGCCCCUAUCCCCUCACAUUACCCUCCUUUUCCUGCUAAUCCUGUCGUAAUGAAUGUAGUUUCUCAGUUCACUGUAUAUGAUUCGGUGUUGGGGGAUUUGAAGGCACCCAGACUCUGGCAAUAUUAUGUGUCCCCUUGGACCAGCCUCCAAGAAGAGAGGGGCAGGCAGGAAGGAAUGGGAAUCCCAGGGUUACCAUGGGGGGGAGGGGCUAAUUCAGCUCAGUGUCAUCAACAACUUCCUAUAUUAGGUAUAAAACAUACAGGUGCACAAGAGCUGGGGUAUAGACCAUAGAUGGUGGAGAGAGAAGUGGUUAGUCAGUCCUUCUUGGGCCUGGAAGUCAGCAACCAAGUCAAAGUUAGGGAGAGUGGUUGAUUAGCUUUUCUCUCUCUCCUGCAAUGAUCAGUGAUCACUCAAUGGAUAGAGGCACAUUAUCAGAGAUGAAUGAGCCUGGGAAAUGAGUUGCAAAGAAUAUCAAGACCUGGGAGAGGUACCAGCCUCUUUUCCAGCUGGAGAGGCUCCAACACUGGAUGGUUCUGUAGGGAGCCUGAUCAUCAACUUGCAAUACCUCACAGAGCCAGCCCCUAUCCCACUCUGAGCUCCCACUGGAAACACUGCUUCUCCAAGGUGGGAGUUGUUGGGGAGAGAGGCAGAGGCGGCUGGAGCUCUGUUCUCUCCUGCUGGGACACCACUCGAGCUUUGGUAUUGACAGAGUGGCUGACAGUUAUCUUCCAACCUGAACUGGCUGGGGCAGGACAAGGGCUAGGCUUGAUGGUGGCCAGGCUUGUCUGCUCCCAGCCUGGGAUUCCCCUGCUCUGGACCUCUCAUUUAUCUUCAUUGGUUUAUUUUUCAAUGCAUCUUUAAUUUGUAAAGAAAUAAAAUAAAUUAAGAUGUAACAAUUAGCCUCAUUUUUACGUGA